AUCAAACUCCCCUCGAGCGGCGCACGUUAGCUAAGCUUAAGUACAUCGCCGCAGCGUCACUAAAUUUCAACAGUCCCUGCGACGACCAACGACUGAGAAGAAGCUGAAGAAGCCUAGAUUCGAUAUCUUCCAAGCAAAGGCUCCCAGAGACGUUCCAUCAAACAGAAGAUGAGCGAAAGAUCGCUGCCCUUCUCCUUAUCUUCCAGAUCCGUUUGAACGAGAAAUCGAACAGAAGAUCUCCGUAGAUCUCUCGUCUCAAUCUGACGAUGGCCCGAAGCCGAUCUUCGUCGGGCGGCUGGCGGUAUCUCCACCCCUCGUAUUACCUAAAACGCCCCAAACGGUUGGCACUUCUGUUCAUCGCCUUCGUCGCCGCUUCGGUCGUCAUCUGGGACCGGCAGACUCUUACCACAGAACAUGAGGUAGAGGUUUCUGUACUAAAAGUGGAACUGAGCCAACUUCAGAAUCAGUUGAAUGAGUUAAAGAAAAUUUUGAGUGAUGCGGGUGAAAACAUCGACCUGGGUGGCAAAUUUAGCGAAUCCACCAAGAAGAGUCAUGAUGAUGAUCCCAUUGAUAGUGAGCGAAGAGAGAAAGUGAAAGAAGCUAUGCUUCACGCAUGGACCUCUUACGAGAAGUAUGCCUGGGGUCAAGAUGAACUUCAGCCACAGACGAAGGAUGGCGUUAAUAGCUUUGGUGGCCUGGGAGCAACCGUAGUAGAUUCUCUUGAUACAUUGUACAUAAUGGGUCUACACCAGCAGUUCCAAAAAGCUAGAGAGUGGGUUGCAAAUUCAUUGGAUUUCAACAAGGAUUAUGAGGCUAGCGUUUUUGAGACAACCAUAAGAGUUGUUGGUGGGCUUCUAAGUGCAUAUGAUCUCUCGGGAGACAAAGUAUUUCUUGAAAAGGCUAAAGAUAUUGCAGAUAGGUUGCUACCUGCAUGGGAUACAGCUUCCGGGAUUCCUUACAACAGAAUUAACUUGGCUCACGGGAAUCCACGUAAUCAGGGAUGGACAGGGGGUGACAGUAUCCUAGCCGAUUCUGGCACUGAGCAGCUUGAGUUCAUUGCUCUAUCUCAAAGGACAGGAGACCCUAAGUACCAACAGAAGGUGGAGAAGGUUAUCACGCAGCUUCGUAAAACAUACCCUAGUGAUGGCUUGCUACCAAUUCACAUUAAUCCUCACACAGGAGCAUCUUCAUACUCAACAAUUACAUUUGGUGCCAUGGGUGAUAGCUUCUAUGAAUAUUUACUCAAAGCAUGGAUACAAGGGAACAAAACUGAAGCCGUGAAGCAUUAUAGAGAAAUGUGGGAGACAUCCAUGAAAGGUCUGCUGAGCUUGGUUCGGAAAACCACGCCAUCAUCUUUCACGUACAUUUGUGAGAAAAAUGGUGAUUCUCUGUCCGACAAGAUGGAUGAAUUAGCAUGCUUUGCUCCUGGGAUGCUGGCUCUAGGAUCAUUUGGUUAUGACCCUGAAAAUGCAGAGAGAUUUUUAUCACUUGCGGAAGAGCUUGCUUGGACUUGCUAUAAUUUCUACCAGUCGACUCCAACAAAAUUGGCAGGAGAGAACUAUCACUUUUAUUCUGGUCAGGACAUGAGCGUUGGUACAUCGUGGAAUAUAUUAAGGCCAGAGACGGUUGAAUCGCUCUUCUACCUUUCACGUUUGACUGGGAACAGGACAUACAAAGAAUGGGGUUGGAACAUAUUCCAAGCAUUUGAAAAGAAUUCCCGCACAGAAUCCGGCUAUGUCGGACUGAGGGAUGUCAAUACAGGAGUCAAAGACAACAUGAUGCAGAGCUUCUUCCUUGCAGAGACGCUCAAGUAUCUGUAUCUCCUAUUCUCACCGCCCUCAGUAAUCUCUUUCGACGAAUGGGUAUUCAACACAGAAGCCCACCCACUGAAAAUUGUUCCUCGCCAUGACAGAGGGGAGACCUUGGGACGGUCAGAUGGGAAAAGGAAGCCUCCAGUUCUUUCUUUCGGAAGGAAAGGGGGUCAUUCCAGAGACAAUUAGGCACCAUCUUCGAGUUUAAAAUUUUGGGUUUUUCUUCAAUUCUAACAUUUCCAGGCGUUUCAAAGGUAAGCAGUCAAAGCAUUCGACGGCUUCAGUUAUCUCCGUCAAUGAUCUAGCACCAUGGCCACCCUUCAUAAAUAACACCAGCUAAAUGAGUCUGUAUUUAUGGGAGAUUGAAUUCGAGCUGUGGCUGUUCCAUUUGUAAUGCGAAAUGUAAAAAUAGGCUAGAUUAUUAUUUGUUAUUAUUAUUUAUGAGAAACUGAUAGGUGUUAAAUGGUUA